AAUAUUUGCGGACGAAUGCUGAUGGUAAAGCAGAAUUAUCGGCGGCUGCCGACGGAAACGAUGAUAUUGCGGCAACCGUGCCAAAUGCGGCGAUGGCGGAGUUCACUCGUGGACUACGGCGACAAUUGGUCCAAAAACGUGGAAUUGCUGCGCAACGGAAAUUCCCAGACGGUGGUUGGUCCCGAACUGGUACUGAUGCUCGCGCCGGGGAAAGAUGGCGCAGAUAACGACGACGGGGAUCGUCGAUGGCUUGGCGUUGGUUUCGCUGCGUGUCGUAGCGAAGAGAAAAACUUGCGUUGGCCACUCUGUCGGAACAGUAGUUCCCUUCCGGCUUUCCCCUCAAGCCGGGACUUCUGCACGCUGAAGCGUGGGGUCGAGAGUCGCGUUUAGCUGGUAGUUGCGGUGUGCCGAGUUUGGGGCGUGGAUCGCUAGAAGCGAUUCCUAAAUAAAAAGCCGUCGAACGGCUGUUCGACACAUUUAACAAAAAAAAUUCUCCACACAACAAUUUCACUAAUUACCUUUCCUG